AAGAGAGUAGAAAUCUUUCCCAUAUGACCCAUGUGACUGACUCUUUCCAUCCACGCUCACUAGAGGAGAUGCAAAGUCCCUCUUGCUCACUGUGAGAGUAUCAUGUUGCUCUGUGCACUACCUUCUUACUCUGUAUUCCAAUGAAAAAACGCAAAGGCUCUAGGUCUCGCUCUCGAUCAAGAUCCCAUUCCCCGCCCCACAACCGUGAACGGAACCAAACACGGGAGUACCAGAACCAACGGGAGUUUCGGGGCAACCACAGAGGCUUCCGGAGGCCAUAUUAUUUCCGGGGCAGAGGUCAAGGAUUUUUCCGCGGCCGUUUUCAGCGUGGUGGAAGGGGUGGAUAUAACAACUACCAUCACAAAAACUGGCAAAACUUCCGGCAGUACCCUCAGCAGCAACAGAAGCAGUACUACCCCAACAGCCCCAAGAGGGGCCGUUCACGCUCUCCCAAGAAGCAGUCGAGCAGCCCGCAUCCCCGCAGCCAUUCCCGCCGCUCUGACAGGUCAUCCUCCGGGAGAUCGCCACAGUCGCAGCACUCUUCCUCCUCCAACUCUGGGUCUGCCAAAAGCACUUGCAAAGAUAUAAGAGAGGGUGUCUCAGUGCCCGAAGAAACUCGAGGAGGUGGAGAUGGGGCUCUGGCAGAGCAGGUGGGAGGCUCUUCUUCGGCCGAAGGGAAUGCUGAUGGAGACAGGACUUUGGAGAACUCUCAGGUUUUGACGAACCAUGACGCUAGUCCUAAAAGGACAAGUCUGCAGGUUUGCUCCUCUGUCACUAAUGACAAACCGAUUGACUCUGCAAGCAACGAGACAAGUCCUGCUCAUAAGAGUUCAAAUGCUCCAAAUAAAGGUGCCACCACCUGGCAGAAAGUUGCAACUGCACCUUCAAACAACAGCCCCAUAAAGAAAAGCCUUAGCCCAGGUUUCAAUGGUUUUGGGCUCUUUACAAAUAUUGACCAACAGACAGAUGAUAAAAUUGCUAUCUCCGCUGCAUUUUUGAAAUUCCUGGAGGAGCAAAAGGUUAAAAAACAGGCCUCUGAAUGUGAGAACAACACACACAAAGGGAAAAGUAACAGAGAAUUAGUAUGUGAUAAAGAAAAUGGAGGAACCUUUGAAAAGGGCAUUGAGUUGUCUCGCACUAAAGAUCAUGACAACGCAGGAGAGAAGGAGAAAUGCAAAUCUGCAAAGAGUGGUGAUGGUAAAAAGUUAUCCAUAAGCACCCCUAAAAUGGGUCCACGAAACGGCCCAACAUUUCUGUGCGAGGAUGGUGAGGACGAUGACGAAGAAGGGGAGAUCUCUGAUAGAGUGAGGGAUAUGGAAAACUAUCCCUCCAAAAGAAAAAGCAAAGUCACGCUGUCCGCUCGUGAAAUGUUCGAGAAGCGAAUCAGAAGGAUGCAGGACAUGCCAUGGGAUGAUGAGCUGGAGGCUCUCCUGCUCUGCCAUAAACAGGAAAGAGCAGCGAAAAUCCUAGCUGCUCUCUCUAAGAGAGACCAGCUGAGUGGCAUGCUCAAGGAUCCAUCCCCUGAAAAGCUCUCAAAUGUGAAACGAAAAGAGAAACCCACACUGCUGCCCAGGAGGAGUUCUGAGAGCCGCGAGCAAGAGAUGUUUGUGGUUAUGAACGAGGAAUCCCCACCAAGAGCUUCCGUGAAAAGAGGAAGUGAAUUCAGUGUAAGGAUGGAUUCUCUCAGUGAUGACCUUGCUAGAACAUCUGUUUUGACCAAUGAAAGAAGGCAUCUUCUGGAGCUUGUGCAUCUUGAUGAAAAGGAUUGGGAGUUUCAAGCUGUCCUUCAGCAUCUUCAGGCUCAGCAGUCACCCAGAAGUCCAUCUGAGCUGUUUGCCCAACACAUAGUUUCAAUUGUCCAUCACAUUAAAGCUCAAUAUUUUCCUUCUUCUGGAUUGACCCUAAAUGACCGCUUUGCCAUGUACCAGAGAAGAGCUGCUGAGAAAGAACUCAUUAAGCAGAGAAAGAGUCCAGAGAUACACAGGAGAAUUGAUGUUUCUCCCAGUGCUUUUAAGAGGCACUCUCUUCUGUUUGAUGAGAUGAAAAGCACCAUGGAAAACAACUUCAAGGUCGAUGGUAAAAAAUCGAAAAGUGAUUCAAUGGACCUUCGGCUGGAUAUUGAGCGCAGAAAGAAAUACUUGAGUGGAGAGAGAGAGCAAAGAGGGGAAGAGUACGGAGAAAGAGUAUCGGGGGAAUCUCCCGAACCAAGAAAGGAAACAUCCACAGAGAAAGCCUCAAAGAACCACAAAAAAACUAAGAAAAGCAAGAAGAAACGGGAGCGUUCUCAGUCAUCUUCCUCAUCUUCGUCUGCUUACCAUGAAGAAGAGGCUGAGAUCAAGCCAGAAAGCUCAUCCAGAGUCCAGCUGGGGUUUAGAGAGCCUGUGGAGAGAGGAAGAUCACGAGGAGGCUUUCAGCUUAGCAUACGUGGUAGAGGUUGGAACCGAGGAAAUUUCCAUGGAAACGGCAACGGUGAUUCACAGAUGAACAUGUCAGCAAAGAAUGAAGACUGGGAUCAAGAAUACACUCCCAAGAGCAAGAAAUACUUCCUACACAGUGAAAGAGACGGUGUAGGUGAGAGAAAGCUGAUGAACACGCGCGGGUCUGGUCGCGGUAACAUUGUUCGUGCAAAGGGACGUUUCAUCCUACGGAGGGCCACAAAUACCAAAACCACCAAUAAUACGAGCCCUAAAUGGGCCCAUGAUAAAUUCCAGGCCACUGAUGAUGAGGGCGAACAGCAAGGAGAUGAUGUAGAACAGGACCAGUGAGAAUGGAGCAGUGAAGACUUUGACAGGACCUUUGAGAACAAGGAGAUCCCUCAUCACAUCAAGAAU